AUGUUCCCCGCGGCGCCGGAGGAGGUCGGGGCGCUCGGGGAGAUGGCGGAAGACGGAGGGAAGCGGAGGGGACCGGAGCUCGGGCCCCGGACCGCCGCCGCCGCCGCCGCCGCCGAGCAAGGAGGAGGAGGAGCCGACGGAGGAGCCGCCGCCAACACCGCCGCCGCCUCGAGAACCAAACUCCAAGAGCCGUUGGGAGGCAGUUGGGCGGGGCAACGGACGCUGCUUAAGGCCACGCCCACUCCGGCCUGGGGGGCGGGGCUUCCUCGCGGAAGCGCACCCGCAGAGUCCUGGAACUCGGACUCUUCCUCGGAGCUGCGUCUGGACUGCCAAGUUGGGGACACCCUCCGCCGGGUCGGGGGGGUCUCCUGCGUUCAGAAACGAGGGCAUUGGAGCGGCCGUAGGAACGCUAAGGAGGGCAGCAGCGGUUGUCUGCAUGGAGACCCGCGCCGCGAGGACCUCGGAGGAGUUCUGCGCAGCCGCCGCCGCUGCAGAAGCCCGAGGCGCGGGUCUGCAGGGCAGUGCGUGUCCCCAUGUGACCCGCGCGCAGAGGGGACCUCAGGGCACGUCUGGAAGCCGCCGCCUCCGCGGAGGGCGCGAGCCUGCAGGGCCUGCGCGGCGCGGGCACCUCGGCUCUGCAUCCGUAGGGGGCGCGAACUCAGCAGGAAACGCCGCUUUUGUCACCGGCCUCGGGGGCGGCCGGCCCGAAGUGGCAGGAUUCAGAAGCCCGGCGUCUUCCUCUGCGCGUUCACUUUGCAUCUCAGGUGCCGGAAAACCGGAACGCCUCACCGGGGAGGAAAGGAAGUUCCAAGGUCACCCGGAGUUUUAGGUCUAACCAAGAAACGGAGGAUGUCAAGUGGAGUGUCCGGUGGGGGAGGGGAGGAAAAGAUUGCAUUACACUGGUAG